AAAUGCUGUGUCAUUGUAACCGGGAAGGGAGGCAAUGUACCACGAGACCCUCUCCUCACAUCAGAAUUCUCUGGGUAUGGCUGAGAACGACAGCUUUGAAGCCUUUUGUGGAGGGGCAAUAUUUAAUGAGUCUCUGUUACUGGACAGCAGCUGGCCGCGUUUCACGGAGUGUUUCGAGGAGAGUCUGGUUGUGUGGGUGCCAUGUGGCUGGCUGUGGGUCUCCCUGCCCUUCUACCUCACCUACCUCUGUCACCAGGACGGCGUCUCCAUCCCCAUCAACCCCCUUAACACCCUCAAAACAUUUUUCAGCUUGUUCCUGUCCUUCCUGGCGGUGAUUGACCUUAUCAAGGCAGCCAGCGAUGGCGAGAACGAGAAGAUCUACGAUGUCGUGUAUGUCUCGGGCGGAAUCAAGGCAGGGACAUUUUUGCUGGCGACGAUCUUGAUUCAGCUGGAAAGGAAGAGGGGCAUCAUCACGUCCGGUGUUCUCUGGUUCUUCUGGCUCUUGACCACCCUCGCAAACAUCAUCCCCUUCUACACCAAGAUCAUCCAAGAGGAUUACAAUGGCCACAUAUUCCGGUUCAGCAUCUUCUACAUCUACUUCGCCUUGAUGCUACUGGAGCUGGUGCUGCACUGCUUCGCCGAGAAGAUGACACGAGCCGGGUACUACGACCUGGGCAAGAAGCCAUCUCCAGAACAAGAAUCAUCUUUCUUAAACAGAAUCACAUUUUGGUGGAUAAAUAGCAUGGUGUUCACAGGUUACAGGAAAGGCUUGGAGGAGGCUGACAUGUUUGAGCUUCAUCCGAGAGACAAGAGCGAGAGAGUUGUUCCCCAGUUCAACAACGCAUGGGACAAGGAAAUCCACAGAAGUAAACUCAUCAACGAUAGGAAAAAGCGGCACUUGCAAGUCCACUACCGCCGCAGCUUGGGCUCCAAGCAACAUUUAGCCAUCCAAUCCACAAACGAGAAGACCCCCCUGCUGCAUGAUCCCAUCAAGAAUAAGGAGGUCAAGUUCAAGGGCACCAAGGACGACGAUGGCAUCAAGUUGAAGGAAGCGUCACUCUUCAAAGUUCUCGCAAAGACAUAUUGGUUAGAGAUCGCUGUGUCUUGGUUCUGCAAGUUCAUCUAUGAUCUGCUUCAGUUCGUCAGUCCUAUGCUGCUCAAUGCUCUGAUUAGCUACACACAGAACCGGGAGAGCGAGCAGGAGUGGAAGGGCUAUGUGUUUGCCUGCUCGUUCUUCGUUGUGGCCACAGUCCAGUCUGUUUUCUCCCACCAGAACUACCAUCUCGGCAUGACGCUCGGCAUGAGGAUCAAAUCUGCCUGUAUCUCCGCCGUCUUCAAGAAGGCCCUGACCAUCAGUAACGAGGCCAAGAAGGAGUCUACAAUGGGUGAGAUCGUGAACCUGAUGUCCGUGGAUUGUCAGCGCCUCCAGGACGUGACGGCGUAUCUUUGGAUGUUGUGGUCCGCCCCGCUGCAGAUCAGCCUGGCUCUCUACAUGCUGUACAGCACCAUGGGCGCCUCCGUGUUCGCGGGCCUCGGGGUCAUGGUGCUCCUCAUGCCCAUUAAUGCCUUCAUCGCAACGAAGCAGAGGAACUAUCAGGUGGAACAGAUGAAGUGCAAGGACAACAGGCUCAAGCUGAUGAACGAAGUCCUCAAUGGGAUGAAGGUGCUCAAGCUGUAUGCGUGGGAGCCGUCCUUCCAGGAGAAGGUGUUGGAGAUCCGGAAUAAGGAGCUUCUCGUCCUCAAAAAGGGGGCGUACCUGGAGGCAGGGAGCACUUUCUGCUUUACUUGUGCUCCAUUCAUGGUAACCCUGGCCACGUUUGCCACGUAUGUCUUGGCCUCAGAGUCUCACUACCUGGAUGCACAGAAGGCCUUCGUUGCCCUCUCCCUCUUCAACAUCCUCCGCUUCCCCAUCACCCUGUUGCCCUUGAUGGUGUCAUUCCUGGUGCAGGCUCAAGUCUCUGUCGGCCGAGUUGGGAAGUUCUUGAGGCAGGGUGACUUGGACCCCAGCAAUGUCACACGGGACCCUCACACCCAACAUGCGAUCAGUCUGAAGAAUGGCACUUUCACCUGGGACAAGACCUCCCCCACUGCGACACUCAAGAAUGUGAACCUGGACAUCCCCGACGGGAAGCUGGUGGCGGUGGUGGGGCAGGUGGGCGCGGGCAAGUCCUCCCUCAUCUCGGCCUUCCUGGGGGAGAUGGAGAAACUGCAGGGGUCCGUCACCCUCAAGAGCUCCAUUGCAUACGUCCCACAGCAAGCAUGGAUCCAGAAUGCAACGCUGAAAGACAACAUCCUGUUCGGGAAGAACUGUGACAGCCAUAGAUAUAAGAAGAUCAUUGAUGCGUGCGCCCUUCAACCAGAUCUUGACAUUCUGACUGGGGGCGAUCAGACAGAGAUUGGAGAGAAGGGCAUUAACUUGAGCGGUGGGCAGAAGCAGCGUGUGUCCCUCGCCCGGGCCGUGUACAGCGACGCCGACAUCUACCUCCUGGACGACCCCCUCAGCGCCGUGGACUCCCAUGUGGGUAAACACAUCUUCCAGGAAGUGGUCGGCAGCAAGGGUAUCCUCAAGUCCAAGACCCGAGUCCUGGUGACGCACGGCGUGCACUGGCUGCCGAUGGUGGACCAGAUCGUGGUGAUGGUGGACGGUGAAAUCUCCGAGCUGGGAUCCUAUGAAGAGCUGCUCAGUCAUGAUGGACCCUUCGCUCAGUUCCUGAAGAUGUACCUCACUGAGGAUAUCGAGGAUGAUGACGACAUCGACGACGAAGACCCAGAGAUCCUAGCCAUGAAGUCGAAGAUCCGACAGAGAGUGGACUCCAUCACAUCUGAAACCGUCACGUCUGACGAACAGAGGGCAGCACAAUCUCCGAGAAGGAUGAGUCGCAGGUUCAGCAGGACAUUGUCCAUGUCGAAGGACACAGAGAAGCCAGGGGCACUGGAGAAGAAGGAGGAAAAGAAUAAAGACAAACUGAUUGAGGAAGAAAAAUCUGAAACUGGCAAGGUGAAGGCAUCGGUCUACAUAGACUAUGCUCGAGCUAUUGGCUACUUCACAACGUUCAUGAUCUUCGUCAUCUACGGUAUCUACCAGUUUGCUAACGCAUACUCCAGUGUGUGGCUGAGUCAAUGGACUGAUGAUCCGCUCCUGAAGAACCAGACACUGGCAAACACACCCGACUACCAGAACCGCAACGCCCUGUACCUUGGCGUGUACGGAGGGCUGGGAGUGGCACAAGCGAUUGGUGUUCUCUGCUACUCGCUGCUGGCAUCAACGAGGAUGGUGCGAGCCGCCGGAAACCUCCACGCCAAGAUGCUCUCCAACAUCCUCCGCUCUCCUAUGUCCUUCUUUGACACAACGCCCAUUGGCCGAAUCGUAAACCGCUUCUCCCGAGAUGUUGAGACUGUAGACAACAACCUCCCUUCACUGCUUCGCCAGUGGAUCAACAUGGUCUUCAACGUCAUCAGCACCAUCAUCGUCAUCAGCUACAGCACCCCCAUCUUCCUUGUUGUCAUCAUCCCGCUCGGCUUCCUCUAUUGGCUGGUGCAGAGAUUUUACAUCCCGACCUCACGUCAGCUGAAGCGUAUCGAGUCCACCACCCGAUCACCAAUCUACACCCACUUCAGCGAGACUAUCACAGGGGCAUCCUCCAUCCGGGCGUACGGAGCCACGGACAGAUUCUACACCGAGUCUCAGGAAAGAGUUGAUAAGAAUCUGGUCUUCUACUUUGCUGGAAUUGCAUCCAACAGGUGGCUGGGAUUUAGACUGGAGUUCCUCGGCAACAUUAUUGUGCUGGCGGCGGCCAUGUUUGCGGUGAUCACGGAGGACAUUGAGGGAGGUCUUGUCGGGCUGUCUGUCUCCUAUGCCCUACAGGUGACAGCUUCUCUCAACUGGAUGGUGCGCAUGACCUCUGAAGUGGAGACCAACGUCGUGUCCGUGGAACGCCUCAAGGAGUACUCGGAGACCCCGACAGAGGCGGAGUGGAUUCUGGACCACCAUCGCCCCCCUCCAUCCUGGCCGCAGAAUGGCAAGGUCAACUUUGUGAACUAUGCCACGCGAUAUCGACCCGGCCUUGACCUUGUGCUCAAGGGCAUCUCUUGCGAGAUUAAUGAAUCUGAAAAGGUUGGAAUUGUAGGAAGAACUGGAGCUGGCAAGUCGUCCAUGACGGUGGCGUUGUUCCGUCUGAUUGAGGCGGCAAGUGGCAGCAUCAUCAUUGACGGAACUACAGCAGGAAAUAUUGGUCUCCAUGAUCUCCGGUCCAAGCUGACCAUCCUGCCUCAGGACCCAGUUCUGUUUUCUGGAACGAUGAGGAUGAACCUUGAUCCGUUCGACAAGUACAGUGACGCUCAGAUCUGGAAGGCACUGGCGCACGCUCACCUCAAGAAGUUUGUGCAGGAACUCCCCGUACAGCUGGAAUAUGAGUGUGGCGAGGGUGGACAGAAUCUCAGUGUUGGACAGAGACAGUUGGUCUGCCUGGCGCGGACGCUGUUGCGGAAGACGAAGAUCCUGAUUCUGGACGAGGCCACAGCAGCUGUGGAUAUGGAGACAGAUGAUUUGAUUCAGCAGACGAUCCGCACCGAGUUCAAGGACUGCACUGUGCUGACCAUUGCCCACAGACUCAACACAAUCCUUGACUAUGACAAGAUCAUUGUGUUGGACCAAGGAUUGAUCAAGGAGUUCGACAGCCCGGACACCCUGCUCAAGGACAAGACCUCCAUAUUCUACGGCAUGGCCAAAGAUGCAGGUCUCACGUCUUGAUAGAAGCCACACACAAAAUAUCAGGUCUCAUGUCUUGAUAGAAACCACACACAAAAUAUCAGGUCUCAUGUCUUGAUAGACCCCACAAAAAAAGCAGGUCUCACGUCUGUAAGACACCACACAUACACACACAUAUAUACACACGUGUAUACGUACACACAUAUCAACGGCGAUUGGACAGAUUUAGAUCUGGAACUAUGAUGUCAUCGAUUCUAAAAAUAGCCGUCCAAUCAAAAUGCUCCGAUCAGUGGAAGACCAUCAUAUUUGUUUGUUAGUCACCGUAUGAUACCUUGGACAUAAUGUAUAAAUAAGUAUAGGGCUUUUACAGUAUCAUCUUAUUCAUGCAGCUGUGCUCAUGUUGAAAGGAGCUUGUCUAGAACCUUCGCUAUUAUGGUUUCUAUACUUAUAGUCAAUGUGUAAAAUGGACCGCCUCCGUGGUCUAGUGGUAGAGCCUUCAAA